GGUUUCCCGCCGCCGCCGCCGGUGAAUGAGUCCCUGCUGCGCUGCCGCCGCCGCCCGAGCUGGAGCUGCGACCGCGUCCCCCCGCGGGCCCCGACCCCUUCGCGCUGCGACUCCGGCGUGCCCGCGGGGACAGCCUCCAGCCUCGGGUCACCACCCCGGGGCAGACUCUGCAGAGCUCUUCCUGGCCUCCCCUCUGCCUGCCCCCAUGAAGAAAACCAGCGUGUGGUUCCUGGAGCGUCUCCGGGGGUCCGGAGAAAACGCCAGCCCUGGGAGUGAGGCAGGGGACAGGGGAUCCAAGGGACCCCUGUACAGCAAUGUGCUCACACCCGACAAGAUCCCUGACUUCUUCAUACCCCCCAAGCUGCCCGCUGGCCCCACAGAUCCCGAGGCGCAGGCAGAGCUGGGCCCCGCCACCUCCGAUCAGAACCUGGCCUCGGGGACACCCCGCCGAGCCCCCCGGAGUCCCCGGCUGUCUGCCAAGCUGCCGGCUGAGAGCAAGAGCCUGCUGAAGGCAGCCACCCGGCACGUGAUCCAGAUUGAGAGUGCGGAGGACUGGCCAGCGGAGGAGGCUGCCACCAACGCAGACCCCCAGGCCCAGGGCGCCAUGUCCCUGCCCUCUGUGCCCAAAGCCCAGACGUCCUAUGGCUUUGCCACACUGGCAGAGAGCCCCCACACGCGGCGCAAGGAGUCCCUGUUCCACAGCGAGCAUGGAGCCCUGGCUCAGGUGGGGUCCCCAGGUGCCGGGCGCCGUCGGGGGGCCCCCAAGGCCAAUGGGGGAGAUGGGGUGCCCAGGGAGGCUGGUGGGGCCCUCAUGAGCCCCAGUCGCUACUUCAGCGGUGGGGAGAGUGAUACUGGGUCCUCGGCCGAGUCCUCCCCAUUCGGGUCCCCUCUGCUCUCUCGCUCUGUGUCACUGCUGAAAGGCUUUGCGCAGGACAGCCAGGCCAAAGUGAGCCAGCUCAAGCACUCGGCCGGCCGCCACGGCUCUCUGUCUGCUGAGGACAGUGCACCAGACGCCAGCCCGGGGGCUCGGCGCCGUUUGACCCGCAGGGCCACCCCGGAGCCGGGCCCUGAGACUGGCCAGGCGCCCCGGGCGGAGCACGCCGUCCGGAUGGGCCCUCGGGGCAGCGUCAGGCUGCUGGCAGAGUAUGAGGCGGCCCAGGCCCGCCUGCGGGUGCGCCUGCUGGCUGCCGAGGGCCUCUAUGACCGCCUGUGUGACGCCCGGAGCAUCAACUGCUGUGUGGGCCUGUGCCUGGUCCCCGGCAAGCUGCAGAAGCAGCGCAGCACCAUCAUCAAGAACAGCCGCCACCCCGUCUUCAACGAGGACUUCUUUUUCGACGGCCUGGGGCCGGCCAGCGUCCGGAAGCUGGCCCUCCGGAUCAAGGUGGUCAACAAGGGUGGCAGCCUCAAGCGGGACACGCUGCUCGGGGAGAAGGAGCUGCCCCUGGCCUCCCUGCUGCCUUUCCUGUAAAGGCCCCUCCCUGCCUCCCUGCGGAGGGUAGGGUGCGGGGUGGGGGGGGGGAAGACCCCACCCGCGUCCCCAUGGGCGGGAGGCCGCGUGGCCAGGCCGGUGGGGGGCGGGGGCUGGGGUGUGGCGUGUUCAAGCUCAGACUGGGGCUGCAGUCGAUGCCGGGGGUGGCCAGGAUACUAUUUUUCACGGAUUCAUUUUUUUUUUGGAAGAGGAAGAGAGGGGGCUGCCAGCAAAGAGAAAGGGACACUUGGCAGGGCUGAGCGUCCCCCCUCCCGACCCCCCCGUGCCCCAAGUUCUGCACGGCCUUACCCCUUCAAGAGUUCUGGAAAGGGGUUCUCAGGGUGGGGUGUGGGGGGCCGGAACCUGUUCCUGGAGGCAGCUGGUGUGGAUCACAGGCCUAGAGGUGACCAGUCCUGAGGCUGAGGCCCAUCUUUCCCUUGGUCGUAUGGGAGUUCUCCUGGCCCGGCCCAUGAGACACCCCCUCCCCCGCCAGAGAGCAGUAGCAGGCCUGGGAUCUGCCAACAGCACCCACAGGGCCCCAGAGCCAGAGCCCGCCGGGGAGCAGGGUGCCACGUGUGGUCUGAGAGCCACGACCUGGCAAAAGACAGGCAGAGAAGGGGGCCCGGACGCAGAGGAAGCCCCAGGAGGGCUGGUGGAAAGCAGACAGCUCUCCUGUGUGCUGUCUUCCUCCGGCACCUUCCCUGGCCCGACUCACCUCACCUGAGACCCUGCUGGGACAUCCGGAGCCUGCUUCCCCAGGAGGGGCUGCUCAGAACAGACCCAGAGAGCAGCCUCCCGGCCCCCGACCCCCUCCUUCCUGCCCCUCUGGGGCUGGGAGCUGCCACCCUGCCAGCCUCCUGCGCAGCACCCUUGGCAGCUGGACACCAGGGACUGAUGGCUGGAUUUUACUCCACGUGGUAAAUGAUUGUGGUUAGUGUGGGUGGGACGGAGGGAUGAAGCUGGCAGGCCAGGAGUACCCUGCUUGUGCCCCUUCAUGCCGCUAGGCCGCUGCAUGGAUUUAAGUGUUGUGUCAGUACGUGGCUCCUUGAAUGAUGUUUGCAGACAGUUUCUGGCCUAACAGGACAGAAACAGUAUGGUUUGAAGCAGGGGCCUCUCCUAGCCCACCUGGUGGGCACCCUUGGACCAGGGCAGACCAGGAUGGGGGCACCCCUCCCCAUCCAAACACUGUCUCUCCUAAGUAGGUUCCCAAAUGCCACUGGGGAAGGGGCGGAGGACCUUCCCCCAUAGCCUGGGAAAGCACUUGGUCCCCUUUGCACUUUGGGGAGAGUUUGGGGCCCUUGGAGCUGAGGUCCCUUGCUGUGCCCCCCUUGCCCCUACCUCUGUCCUAGGCCUGCUCCUUCAUGCUCCCUGCUGCUAGUGUCAGAGGGGCUCCCCUUUACUCUGGAACCUGGGGACCGCCCAGCACCAGGCUUGUGGGCUGGAACAGGCAGACAGAGGACCCUGCAUUGAGUCAGAUGCUUGGGGCUUCCACUAUCUCCCUUCCCUCUGACCCCGACCUCUCAUCCCUGCUUUCCGUCUGGGGGGGGGUGUUUUAUACACCCCUGCACUAUUCGAUAUCUUUGUGUUCCGUGUCGACUGUGGGUAAAUCUUCAAGACACCCUCCCCCAAGUGUGUUUGUUUAUAAAUGCUGUUUUUAGUGCAAUAAAGGUGUUUCGGGA